AUGAGCCUCGCCGUGCGCGAGCUCCUGGCCGGCCGGUAUUGCCCCAGCCAGAACCGUGCCUUGCAGCUCGCUCGCGACAAGGCCAACGAGAGCUGCCUCAUGGAGGAGCUGGGGCUGCACUUGGCGGCCUACGCGACGGCCAUGGCCGACGCGCUCGCCUUCCUGCACUGGAACGGCCAAGGUUGA